AUGGGCAAUAAAAGUAACAAUCCUAUUGAUGAUGAUGAUGACGAUGAUGAGGAUGGAUAUGCAUAUCCUCCAGACAUGCACCCUGCGGAGAAAGAAGAUUACCUUGCUGCCAUUAGAGCGUCGAAGCAAGAAGAACGGUUUAGGCAAGGAGGAGUUUAUGGAAUAGGAAGCAAACGAUUUGCAGGGGGAGCAAGUGGUAGUAGUCAACCGCAAUAUCGUCACACUCAAAGCCUUCGAGACCCACUUCCAUCUCCUCCGAUACCAAUGCCACACUAG